CGGCAUCCCCUUCUCUCAUAGCCGGUAAGAAAGAUGUGCGGAGGAACGGACGUACCGAAGUUUGUCGCCGCCAACGGCGGCCGCGAGCUCCCCGCGCCGGAUCUCUGGCCGUCGGAACCAUCUGAUCUUAUUCAAGGCGGCGGCGAUGAGGGCGAGAAGAAGGCGGUGGCGGCGGCCCAGGAGGACGGGAAGACCGGGGCGAGGCUGCGGCGGCCGCGGAAGAACGCGUACCGGGGGAUCCGGCGACGGCCGUGGGGGAAGUGGGCGGCGGAGAUUCGGGACCCGCGGAAGGGGGCGAGGGUGUGGCUGGGGACCUUCGCCACCCCCGAGGAGGCCGCCCGCGCCUACGACGCUGCCGCCCGCGAGAUCCGCGGCGCCAAGGCCAGGCUCAACUUCCCCGACCCCCACUCCAUCUGCCCGAUAGCCAAGAAGCCCCGAGCUGCGGCAGCGGUGGAGAGCCUCGCGUCGUCGCCGUCGCCCGCGUCGUCGUGCUCCGUCUCGUCGGCGAUGGAUUCCGUGGAGUCGACGUACGUGCCGGGCAGGGGAAACGGGAGUCGAUGGGGAAACGGGGGCCGGUGCGGUGACCUGCGCCUCAUCUGAUCUAUGGAAAGAGUAUCUUGAUGAACGGCCUUGAUGUAUCGUAGCUUAUGGGACCCUUUAGACAUGGUUAUCACCUCUUUUUUUCUUUUUUUUUGUAAAAAUGGUUAUCAUUUCUUUUCCUUUUUAAAUAGAACCAGCAUGGAUAUC